GGGGGGCAAGCCCUCCCGCGGAGGAGCCGCGCCCCCGGCCCCGCCGGUCCCGCCGCGAUGCUGUUCCACAGUCUGUCGGGCCCCGAGGUGCACGGGGUCAUCGACGAGAUGGACCGCAGGGCCAAGAGCGAGGCUCCCGCCAUCAGCUCCGCCAUCGACCGCGGCGACACGGAGACGACCAUGCCGUCCAUCAGCAGUGACCGCGCUGCGCUGUGCGCCGGCUGCGGGGGCAAGAUCUCGGACCGCUACUACCUGCUGGCGGUGGACAAGCAGUGGCACAUGCGCUGCCUCAAAUGCUGUGAGUGCAAGCUCAACUUGGAGUCGGAGCUCACCUGUUUCAGCAAGGAUGGAAGCAUCUACUGCAAGGAAGACUACUACAGGCGGUUCUCUGUGCAGCGCUGCGCCCGCUGCCACCUGGGCAUCUCAGCCUCAGAGAUGGUGAUGCGGGCUCGGGACUUGGUUUAUCACCUCAACUGCUUCACGUGUACCACGUGUAACAAGAUGCUGACCACGGGUGACCACUUCGGCAUGAAGGACAGCCUGGUCUACUGCCGCUUGCACUUCGAGGCGCUGCUGCAGGGCGAGUACCCCGCGCACUUCAACCAUGCCGACGUGGCGGCGGCGGCAGCUGCAGCCGCCGCAGCCAAGAGCGCGGGGCUGGGCGCAGCCGGGGCCAACCCGCUGGGUCUUCCCUACUACAAUGGCGUGGGCACAGUGCAGAAGGGGCGGCCGAGGAAGCGCAAGAGCCCCGGCCCGGGGGCGGAUCUGGCGGCCUACAACGCUGCGCUGAGCUGCAACGAGAACGACGCGGAGCACCUGGACCGCGACCAGCCGUACCCGAGCAGCCAGAAGACGAAACGCAUGCGCACCUCCUUCAAGCACCACCAGCUUCGGACCAUGAAGUCUUACUUUGCCAUUAACCACAACCCCGACGCCAAGGACUUGAAGCAGCUCGCGCAAAAGACGGGCCUCACCAAGCGGGUCCUUCAGGUCUGGUUUCAGAACGCCCGGGCCAAGUUCAGGCGCAACCUCUUACGGCAGGAAAACACGGGCGUGGACAAGGCCACGGAGGCGGCGCUGCAGACGGGGACGCCGUCCGGGCCAGCCUCGGAGCUCUCCAACGCCUCGCUCAGCCCCUCCAGCACGCCCACCACCCUCACGGACUUGACUAGCCCCACCCUGCCAACUGUGACGUCCGUCUUAACUUCUGUGCCUGGCAACCUGGAGGGCCACGAGCCUCACAGCCCCUCACAAACGACUCUCACCAACCUUUUCUAAUGACUUGCGCCCCCCUCCCCC